AAUUUUUACAUGAGUAGAGUCAUUGUUACUGGUAUGCAAAACUCUAGAAUCUUUUCUGCGUGAGAUUCAGUGCGACAGUGCGACGGUUGAUUGCGACCUGCACCGUCAUCCGUGUUCCAAUCGCCCUGGACUUUUCCAAAUUUCAUUGAAGUAAUCAAAGUCGUCGGUUAAAUGAGAAAUGAAAUGAACAAUUGCCCCCAUCUCUCGUUUGUACCUUCUCGUUAAAACAAAUUCUGCAUCCAUAAAAAUAUACUACUUAAGAAAAUUAUGGUAUCACGAAAAUGUUGAAAAUUAUCUAUAUUUGAAAGAUGAUUACUCAGCAACGAAUUAAGAAUUAAAAGUUUCCAGUUUUAAUUUAAAAGAAAAAUCAUAUUAUGAUAAUUUGUUGUUGAAUAAUCGCCAAACUUGGAUAAUUUUCGAUACAAAUUUCGUGAUGCCAUGAUUUUUCUUCACAGUGAAUAAAAUGUUGAAACAAACGAGAGUCUCGUAGACGAUAAAGCAAAUCCGUGAAACGAUGAAUUGGAGCAAACCGUGAAUGCGUCUGAACGCAAGAAAACGGGGUGAAUGGAUCACGCGCGGGUCGGCGACGUUGAUCGGUGGGUGUGUUGUAUUUCCAGGCGCAGCUAGCCGGACCCCGCACUGGUAUACAAAAGUUCUCACAGUAUUAUCCGAGUUCGAUGCUGCCGCCGCCGCCGCCGGCGCCCAUGGCGAGGCCCGUCGCGAUCAUAAGGUCGACCGGGGAGCUGACGGCUGCGAGCUCGAACUCACCGCCGACAUCGUCGACGUCGCCAACGGACCCGGCCGAGCUGGCGUCCAACCAGGAGCAGAUGGCCGCCGCAGCGGCCGUCGGACUGGUCACCUCCGGUUGUCAGAGCUCCGUCGACCCCGCUGGAAGGAAGAGUCCCGCGAGGAUCCUCGUCACGGCGCCGCACACCAGCCGGGAAUACACCUUUGCUCACUUUCACUCUCAGCCAGGACAGCAAAUAUUCACAUACCCCACUAUCAGCUCGAUGUCGGGAGUGAUCUCCCCGACGAAUCUCUCCCUAUUCUCUUCGCCGGUUUCGGUGACGAGGCCAGUGGCGACUCAGAGAUCGGUCUCUAACGUGCCGCCCCGUUGGAACACCGCGCCGUUCAUCAAUCUUGAGGAUGAUUACAACAUGAUCGCGCCGAUCAUCACCGGAACCGCCAGCGAGCCGCCUUCCACCAUGGAUGAAGAACGAUACUUUCACCCUGUUCACACGAGCAGCGUGGUGGACAAGAGCGGCGCUGGUAAUCUAAUGGGCACCGACCUGGGCGUAGGGACCGAUCCAAACUCGCACCACCACCAACAGCAGCAGCAGCAGCAGCAACAGCAGCAGCAGCAGCAGCAGCAGCAAGCUCAACAGCCGCCCCAGCAGCAGCCACCGCCUCAACAGCAGCAGCAGCAACAGCAGCAGCAACAACAGCAGGUGAUGCAGGACAAGAGCGGAAGACCGAAGUCCCCCCCGUGACACUGGAGGCUUAGACCGGAAAGCGUCGAGAAGCUCGCAUGUUCCACGGGGUCGUUGCUCGCCGGCGUGUACGAUAACUACCCGGAGCCGGAGGGGAAUCGGCAGGAUUCCCCGUGUCGUGUUCAGCUUCGCGACCUAAGCCUGCGGAGAAUCGAGUGCCUGAGAGUCUGAUCGUAGUUUAAGCGGGCCGUCGAGGGAAACCAUCGUGACGCCUGCCCGUGGCGAACGGGGCCUCCUCCUCCCGUUUCGUCGUUACCGCGUUGGGAGGCGAGCCCGGGCAUGGGCCCUCGAUCCGCGAGACAUACGAGGAGCUUCGAUUAACCCUCUGCGGCACGGUGCUUUUCGUCGUUUACGAGUUACCGAGGUUUGCAAUUAUCCUUAUAUUUCAUUUUAUUUAUUUCCGCGGUGCCUGUCACGAACGUUUCUACGGCCGAUUUCAUUUAUAUGAGUCUCUUUCCCUGUUCCAAGUUUGAUUUCUUGAUCAGAAUUUUCUUUCGGAGAUUUAUCACGCGCUUCAUCCCUCUUUUUUUAAGAUAGUUGUACAUCUAGACGAUUCUCUGUCAGCGAGAUCAUAAUUAGUCUUCUUUUUGCGAGGAACGAAAGGCAUUUUCCGCCCCCAGGGGGUUAGCGUUUCGGUCAAUUAUUAUACUUCCGCGCCAUCGGGAGCGUCUUUCUCCUCUCUCGACGCGCUGUUCAAUUUCCAACUCUUUCUCUCUCUCUUUCUCUCUUUCUCUUUGUAAAGUGUCCUCGACGGGCAGUAAACGAGUAAGGACCUCCUCAUCUCGUUUCCUAAUUAAAAUUCAUUGUCUCCGAUCGUCGCCGAUCGGUCCCGUCGAUCGAUGGAAAUCCAUAGACAAUUUAACAAUUAAAAAAAAAAAAUACCAGAACAAAGAAAACGGAGAAGUAAUCGAAACUAUGGUAGAAUAUCGUUUUCUGCGCGGUUUUAUAUAAUAACUACGAUCGUCUAUUUUCUAUUCUAUUUCCGCUUCGUGGCCCUUCCAGAACGUGUCGUUUUGUACAUACACGCUCCCGUGGUAUUUUGUAAAAUUUUAGAGGAUCUUAGAGAAUAUAUAGUCUAAACCGACGAGAAAAACGAGAAAUACUACCGAUCGAACGAGUAAACGAAAUUCGUUGCGCUCAUCGAGGAAGGGUUCAAUAUGAAGACGAUUAAAAAAAAAAAAGAAAAAAACUAAUGAAGUUUCUAGUGCCAAUUUCGAGUAGCUUAUAAAUAUUAUAACGAAAUUAUAAUUUUCUAUUAUAUUUUUUUAUAAUAUUUAUGAAGGAACACGUACACACACAUAGACACACACACACACACACGUACACACAUACGAGCACACAUACGAGCACACGUGACACGCUUGUUUAGUCAAGCACGUGAACAGACGGAGGAUAAUUCGCGUAGACAAAAAGCUUCUUCUUGAGAGAUGAACGUUUUUAAGAAGGCGAUCAUUCGGUGUAAAGAAGGGAGAAGGUCGAAGGGAUCCGAUCGACGAGAAUCGAUCGCAAACUGAUGCUAACCGGUCCACGAACCACGGAUGAUAAUAUUAAUUAAACGCUACUAACGGUAAUUGGUAACUUCGUAAUCGUAUCGUUAAUUAAUCGCCUAACGCUCAGGCUAGUGCCGAUACUAGUGAUGAAGAGAACAAAACUUAUAUGGAUGAAACACACGUACACAUACACAGAUAUAAAAAAAAAAAAACGAGUACUAGAGAGAAAGACUAGUUUCGCGUGGACUAGUCACCAGAGGCUGCUAGUUAGAAACAAAGUGAAUAUUUAAUAUUGAUUAUUAUAUUGAUACAAAUUAAGCGGUUGAAAAUGCAACGUUAUUACAUGAUGAACGCGAGGACGAAGAAACGUUUGAGAAGAUGCGGAGGAGGAGGAGGACGUUGAAAACAAAUAGAAAAAGGAAACGAACAAAAUGAGAGCGAGACUAUUAAACGAAUAUGGAGGAACGAAACGAACACGGGGCGACGUUUCGAGAUAGUGAGAGAUCUAUAGUUAAUAAUUAUAACUAUAACUUUAGGAAUUUAGUGUAAACCGUCGCGCAACACGAGAUAUAAUAAUAUGUAAUAAUAUGUAACAUCGAAACUCGACGACAACGAAGAUCCUAAAUACUAUAAUGUUGUAUAUUGUCCAAAAGUGCUUUCCGUCGACUGUACGUUAAACGAGGGUGUCUGACGAUGCGAGGCGAGGAAAUUUCUUUUCCGACUUCAGAUUGUACUCGUUCGCCAGCAGAAAAGAUCUCCCCUGAUCAUCGUUCAUUUCGUAGAUCGUAAAAUGUUUGAAAAUUCUCCUGCUUACGAGAUUUGUACACCGCCGAGCAUAGAGAGAUCAUUGAUAGACGUUUCCUGUUACAAUAUUUUUUCUACGUCAGAUAUUCCCAGGUGUUAUCGAUUAAAAUGUUUCUGAUGGCGAAGCGGUUACAACCACGUGUUUGUAUUGCAAUUCCCGAGGAACCCCUUCGCUGCAAAUGCGCUUUAAUGUACUCGCGAGACGACCAGGUCCGAGGCGGUUCUUCCUGGGUUUGCGUAAACCGUUUCACUGGGAACCCGUUUUUCCGUUUUCUCUCAUUCUCUCUUCGAGUGAGGUUGAAAGGGUGCGCGGCGUUGCCCAUCAUCGACGACUGGAUCCAGCGAUCAUUGAACAGCCCAUUCGGCCUUCUUAUCGUUUAAAUUACAUUUCGUACAUAAUGUAGCCGCGCGUUAAAACUUAAGACGACGAGGAAGGUAUAUAUGAGAAAACUGUCAUUUCAGUCCGGUUUCUUUCGUUACAAAAGAAAUAAGAAGACGGAAAAUCGUUCAACAAUAA